AUGGGUCGCUACCUCAGCACCAAUUGUUCAAGUUCUGUGUCCUGCAAAAUUAGGUACCUAAUGAGCCUUCUCAGAAAGUACCCUCGUCUGGCUAAAGCACCACUCAGCCUGGAACUCCACAGAUAUUCACUGCUGUCAUCCCCUCAUCCGUCCAGAUUUACAAGAAAAGCUGCUUUUUAUAUUUUAAACUCAACUGGUACGGGCUCUACCUCUAACCACUUCCUCAGAAAUUUUAGCAAAGAACUGAAACAUCUCUCGGUGCGUUUUUAUUCGUCCUCCAAGAAGAGUACUUUCAAACCUGAAGCUCCAGUUGGGAUCUUUGAGGAGGCUCAGAACAGUAUUGUUUUGAGUUCACUGGGCGGACGUCUUGGUCAGUCAUUUAACAGAUUGUCCAGACACAUUAACAUUUAUUUCAAGACAAAGGAUGUUGUACCUCUUGCUGAAAACACCGACCUUGUCACAACUUCAGAAUAUCUUGGCAGAUCACAGAGGCGUCAUCAAAGUCAACAGGCACCCAGAGAGCGAAAUGUAUCCAAGCGCAAGGACUCAACACAGACCCUGAAAAGCAAAGACAAACAGGAGGGUUCAGAAUUGAGUCCUUCAACAAAGGACAACUCUGGACUCCAACUUUUUCACAUUAGCUCUUUGGCGACAACAUUCGGUGAGAGCUACAGUUACGUUGCGAAUCACAUUAACUCAGUCUUCUCUCGCAGUUUUUCAAAAGUUCAAAUGCAGGAGAAUACAGAAACCAUGUCUUCCACCAGAGGGACAAACAGGAGGCAAACAAGGAGAAAAAUGCAAAACACUUACAUCAUGAAGUCUAAAGACACUGAAGUGUCUGAAGUCAAAUCAGGUCCUGAUCAGGCAACAGUUGAACCCAACAAUAUGUCCAGCAGCUGGGAGGAGAGCUACCUUUACUUUGCGAGACACGUCAAUAAAUACUUUGGAUCCAAAGUUGCAGAAAAAGUUAACCAAGAUCAGAAUAGGAGAAAAGAACUUCCUAUGGAGAAAAAUAGCACUUACAAGCAACAUAUUUCAGCACAGUCUACCUCACAAACUCAAGGUGCCUUGUCACAACUAAAGACAGACGAAGCAGUCGUCCCUAAAAGCAGAGGCCUUUUCCACAGCAGCCGCAAUACCACAAACUUUGGUGAGAACUAUUUCCAGAUGGCCGGCCACAUCAAUCAGUAUUUCAAGGGUCAAAGUGAAUUGGACGAGGACACUGAUAGAAGAGCGAUGGACCCUGGAUCUGCUACCUCUGAGACACUGAAGAUUGUGUCCUUUAUGGACUGCCUUCGCCACCCCACGAGUGCCAUCCCUGACUUGUUGGGUUCUUAUUUAAAACUGGGCCCCUUGACCCAGACUGGUAAACCCCAUCCUGCUGUGACUUCACCUGGUACAAUUCUGAAUAAAAAGCUUGUCCUGAGUCGGAGGCAGGCAGAGGAAAUGACACGCGGGUUGAUUGGCUCCCUGUCCCAGGCUUCAUCUUCAGAAGCUCUGUUGGCCUGCGUGGAGGCACUCAAUGAACACCUCAUCCGUUACCCAUCAUGCAAAGCUUUAAUGUGGCAGGAGAAAACUGCAGUCACGUUGUUGAGGAAGCGAAGAACUUGCAGAGAUAACCUGAUGCUUCAGAGCGCCAUUAGAGAAAGCUUGGCUCUGAUCGGUUAUGUGGGUCCAGUCAAAGGUCGCGGCAUUAGAGUUCUCUCAAUUGAUGGUGGUGGCACAAGAGGGGUGGUACCUCUGCAAGUGUUAAAGCUACUGGAAGCUGAAACAGGCAGGAAGAUCCACCAGCUGUUUGACUACAUUUGUGGCGUGAGCACAGGUGCUGUUCUUGCCUUCAUGUUGGGUCUGGCCCAUUUUUCUCUGGAGGAGUGUGCUGAUAUGUAUCGUCGCUUUGGCUCUGAAGUGUUUCGGCAGAACCCGCUGGUUGGCACCGUGAAGAUGGGCUGGAGUCACUCCUACUAUAACACUGAGACCUGGGAGACAAUACUUCAAGAAAAGCUGGGAAAUCGAGUACUUAUCAAAACAGCCGGAGAUGAGUUGAGUCCCAAGGUUUCAGCAGUGAGUGCAGUAGUAAACUGGGGAACCAGUCCGAAGGCCUUCGUCUUCCGCAACUACAACCACAAGCCCGGCUCUCUGAGCCGCUACGCGGGAGGCUCAGGCUGCCAGAUGUGGGAGGCAGUGAGAGCAUCAUCGGCUGCUCCAGGAUACUUCCAGGAGUUUCCCUUACAAAGUGACAUUCACCAGGAUGGAGGAAUCAUCCUGAACAAUCCCUGUGCCUUGGCUGUUCAUGAGAGCCGUCUGUUGUGGCCCAACCAGCCCUUCCAGUGUGUGCUGUCCCUCGGCACCGGCCGCUAUGACAAUGCUAAGCGGGGACCUGCCACCUCCACCAGCCUGAGGGCCAAAAUCAGCAACCUCAUCAGCAGUGCCACUGACACUGAAGGGGUCCACACCCUUUUGGACGAACUGCUGGCUCCAGAUGUUUACUUCCGCUUCAACCCCAUGCUUAGUGCUUUGGUGUCCCUGGACGAGAGCCGACCGCAGGCCCUGGACCAGCUGCAGAGAGACACCCAGAACUACCUGGAGAGAAACAGGCCCAAACUGGCCCGGCUGUGUUUGGUGCUCGGGGCAGAGCGCUCAGCUGCCAGCAGAUCUAAGGACUGGAUGAGUGAGAGGGCCUGGGAGAUGAAGCAGAGAUGGGUGUGAGCAGGUGCAGUGUGAGGAGGUACGUCGACACAAAGAUGCAUACAGGUGCACACACAUGCAGGUCCUGGACAAAAUAACAGAAACAUUUUUUUUUUAAAG